AUGACAGGGUUAUACAGUAUUAUAAGACUGAAAGGUGUGUACAUUGCAGAUGCCAUUAUUUUUGGUGCUGGCCGCACUCAAAUUGGGGCUCUUAUUCUUACAACAGAAGUUGUAAAAGAUUGUUCUCCUUUGCAGCUCAUUAAGCUUGUAGCACCUAUCAUUGCUCUUGCCAAUGCCAAAGCUCCCUCGCACUCCCAGCUUGUGACAGAAGCCCUUGUCCUUCUCCCUUACGGCACAGUGAUACCUCAUGCUGAUAAGGGCAGCAUUUUGAGACCCUGGGUGUACAAGGAAUUUGAAGGUAUCAUCAAUGAGGCCUACAAACAACUGGAGGGUGAUUUUGACAGGGCUGGGAAGAGACAACUGAUUGAUGGGGUAGAGGCUAGGACAGCAAUUUGGCAAGACAAUUGA